AUAAACUAAAGUUCCCAGAGUGCACUGCGUGCUCCGCCCGGAGUUGCCAAAGCAACGAGCCAAAACGAAAACGGACCCUUCAGAGGAAAUGAGUGAAGAGAGCGCUUCACCUGACUGUCCACCUGAGAAGCAGGAUGAACCUGAUGAAGCACGAGGUGGACCUGCUGAAAAACACAUAGUUUCCAUUUUAGAGGCAGGCAAGCAGGUUGAGGCUGAGGCCGUGGCUGAGGCCGGAGCUGAGUCUGGGGCCGAGUUCAGAGAUGAGGCUGAGGCCAUGCCUGUGUCUGGGGCUGAGGCUAAGUUGAGGGCUGGGUCUAGGGCUGAGACUGUGGCUGUGUCUGGGGCCAUAGCUGAGGCUGGGGCUGAGCCUGAGGCUGAGUUCAGGGCUGAGGCUGGGGCAGAGGCUGAGGCCGGGGCUGAGUUUGUGGCCGAGGCUGAGGCAGUGGCUGAGUUCAGGACUGAGGAUGGACCUGAGUCUGGGGCCGAGGCUGAGGAGCCACAUGCCAGUAAAAUGAAAGAUUUAGAGCAGACUGUUACUGAAGGUGUGGCUGUAAGUGAAGACAAUGCUUUAGAAGAAGAGGAGGAAACAGAGAAGAGAAGAAUUACUGAAGAUUUGUAUUACGACUAUGAAGAGCUGUAUUCUAGGGCAUUCACUACAGAAGGCUCCAACCUCCCUCAGAAUUUGCUCCAACUUUCGCAUUCGUUCGGGUAUGACUGCAAGCGGAGGGCUAACCUGCAGCUGCUGGAUGAGAGUACAUUGGCUUUUGUGGCUGGAAACAUGCUGGUCCUCCUGGACAUCCACACCAAGGAGCAGCGCUACAUCCGCAGCUGCAGUGGAGGAGGGAUAGGCAUUAUUAUGUCUCAUCCCAGCAAGAAAUACGUUGCUGUGGCAGAGAAAGGCGAGCAGCCCAACAUCAUCGUUUAUGAAUACCCGUCACUGCGCCCCUACAGGAUCCUCCGAGGGGGUACAGGACAGGCAUACAGUUAUCUGGAUUUUAACCGUGACGGCACCCUGCUGGCCAGUGUUGGGAGUGCUCCAGAUUACCUGCUGACCCUCUGGGACUGGAGACAGGAGCAGGUGAUGCUGCGCUCUAAAGCUUUCUCUCAGGACGUCUACAGAGUCUCUUUCUCUCCAGAUAACCCAGAACAGCUCACCACCUCUGGCUCCGGACACAUCAGGUUCUGGAAAAUGGCAAACACUCUGACUGGUCUGAAGUUGCAAGGCAUCCUGGGAAGGUUUGGAAAAACAGCUCUGACUGAUAUAGAAGGAUAUGUGGCACUUCCUGAUGGCAAGGUGGUCUCAGGUUCGGAGUGGGGGAAUAUGCUCUUGUGGGAUGGAGGUCUAAUAAAGGUGGAGAUUUGUCGAAAGGAGGGUCGCAGUUGUCAUUUGGGGACCAUUCAACAGUUUGCUCUGGAUGAGGGGGAGCUAAUGACCAUAGGGGCAGAUGGAGCUGUCAGGACCUGGGAUUUUGAGAGCAUUGAUACAGCAGACAGUGUGGAUGACAGUGGGCUGUUUGAGAUUGAGCCCAUGAAUGAAAUGAUAAUUGGCCGCAAUGUAAGCCUCUCCUCAUUGGUCAAGAGCUCAACAGACUCAGCUAUCUGGUAUGCACAGGAUUCUAAUGGAGGAAUCUGGAAACUGGACCUCUCCUUCUCCAACAUUACACAGGAUCCGGAGUGUCUUUUCUCAUUCCAUGCUGGGUCUAUCGAGGGCAUGGAUGUGUCAGGUAGCAGUCACCUGAUGGCCACCACUGCACUGGACCGUACGGUCAGAAUUUAUGAUUUCCUUUCCAAGGAAGAACUCACAACCACACGCUUCACAAUGGGAGGAACCUCCCUCACCUGGGCCCCCCAUGUGGUGAGCAGCAGUGAGAGUGUGUUGGUGGUAGGUUUUGAGGAUGGUGUUGUGCGUCUAUUGGAGCUGUAUAAUCCUCACAGCCUCCACUCGAUUGCUGGGCGCACUCUCUCAGGAAAUGCUGAGCUCCGCCUCCAACAGGCCUUGAAGCCUCACAGUGCACCUGUUACUGCAAUCUCGUAUGAGCGCAGUGGGACCAUCAUGGCUACAGGGAGUGUGGACUGCACAGUGUUCUUCUUUGCAGUUGGGGAGAAGUAUGAGCCUAUAGGUUUUAUCAAUGUCCCAGGACCAGUACAGUGCCUACAGUGGGCACCUCAGUCACAUGAGAGGAACACUCUGUUGGUGGCGUGUCAGACUGGCCAUGUGGUGGAAGUUGAGGCUCCAGGUCCAGAGGCUCAGAAUGAGAGCAGCACUUUCCAUCUUCAGAACCUUCCCAUCAAAUACUUCUGCUUCAACAGCAUCAAAUCACGCAUAAAGAGGGAAGCAGAGAUGGCACGCAGACAGGCUGCGAAGGAGAAGAAAAGGCAAGAGAGAAUGGAGAGAUUACAGAAACUGAAGGAGAAGGGGAAAGAGCUAUCAGAGGAGGAUCUAUGCGGGGAAGAGAAGGAGGAUGAGGAGGAGGAGCUACUUCCGCUAUACAUCCCCAGCCCUCCUAGUCCUUUACACUAUGCCUUUUACUCACAGCCUGGAGCCUUCUGGCUAUCCAUGGGUGGUUACGAUGCAGGUUAUCUGUAUCACUGUAAGUUUGCGGAGCAGCAGGCUGAAGAUGUUUCAGAGCAGAGAGAUGAUCCAUUCUCCGUCAUCCCUGUGCAGAACACUGAACACAACCCCAUCCUCACCAUCUGCUUCAGCUCAGAGAGACAGAUGCUGCUGUGUGGAAUGCAGGAUGGCAGUAUCCGAUUAUUUCCUCUGGAAGCAGGUGAACUGCCUCCAGGCUCCAUGCAGAAUUAUUGGGCUCUUAGUGUUCAUGACAAUCAGUAUGGCAGUAUCCGACAGCUUCGCUUCAGCCAUGACGGUCGCUUCGUUUUGAGUGCUGGGGCAGAUGGGAACAUCUUCACCUUCAGACUGCUGGACCAGGAGGAGAUGGAGAGACACCAAGCCAAAGUCCCUUCACCUCGCAUCGGCCUGGAGGUGGAGCCGGCAGCCCCAGAUAUAGAAGACCCUGCUGCAUACAGCAUAGAGAUGGCUAAGCAGAAGCUGGAGCUGGAGUGCGUGCAGAAGGAGGCAGAGCUGCGGAAGCAGGAGAGGCGAAAGAAGCUUACAGAGUUACAGAGUCAGUUCCAAACUUUGCUGCUGCGCAACCAGAGUCUACCUGAACAUGCCCAGCUGCAGCGCACGGAGUUGGAGUUGGACCAUUGCUUCAGUGAGCAUGCAGAAAGAAUGACAGCUGAGAGAGUAAGAGAGGUGAGGAGAGAGUUAGCCUGGGAUGAGGAGAGACAUCGCAUCGGCCUCCAGAAGCUACAGGAGAGGUUUGUGAAAUCUGUGGUGUGUGACACAGUGACUGUUUCAGCGAUUGAGAGUGACCACAAAGUGUCCACCUAUAGGCUGUUAUCCCUCUCCGAUAAGUUUCAUCAGAUGAAAGAACACAGCAGGACCCUUCAACAACCCGGCACCACCACCCAGGAACGCUGGCGUGAUCCAGGAGAACAGAAUGAGCCCAGUGUUGUACCAGCACUGCAGGAAAAUGCAGUAGAGCCAGUGGUCCUGCAGCCUUCGGCUCCACAAGCCAGAGUUGGAAAACUUAAGGGCAGACAGGCUGAGAAACUUCACAAAGCAGCAGAGAAAGCAGAGAAAGCUCGUGCUAGGAUUGAGAGGCGGAAGAGAGAGUGGGCUGAGCUCUAUGCUGCAAAGCCUAAGGAAAACUGUGAGGACCCAGAGGAUGUGCGUGCGAUCCGACUGGCCACUGAAAAUAUGGGCGACUUUAAACUCAAAACAGCCAAAGACUUUACCGUGCCUGAGCACCUGCGAGUAAAUACGGAGAAGAAGAGAAUGCAGCUGGCCAUCUUAGAAGAGCAGAUCUUUCAGAGGAAAGAUGAGAUGAAUGCGCGAGUGCUGGCUCUGCGAGACUCAAAGGUGGCGCUCAUUUCCCAGCUCCGCUCUCUCCUGAGGCGUCUGCAGACCCUGCAGAAGCACCUGCCUUCAGAAAAGCGGCGCCCACUGCCCACUCUGCCCACUCUGCUGCCUGAGGAGACACCUGAGAGGAAGCUAAACUACAGCUACGCCCACUUACAGGGUCACACCACCCACAGGGACCAAGUGGGACGACCCUUUCAGGAAGAAGGACAGAAGGAACCAGGGGAUGUGUUGGAGCACCUCCAUCAGGGGGGUAAGGAAGAUGCACCUGCACAGGAGGAGAUUUCCCACUCGCCUGUAAGCACACCUACCCAGAAGCAGCUCACUGAGCUCGAGCAGGAGAGCAGGGAAGUGGAGGAGAUCCAAAAUCUCUACAUGCAGGACACACUGAUCAAACAGAUGGAGGAAUCUGUGUGGCUUUUCGAUGCUGAGUUGCGUUUGCUGCGGGAUGAGAAGUUGCGGAUGGAUGUCCAGAUGAAGCUGGCUGACCUGCAGCACGUCACAUUGUUCCAGGAGCUUCAGCUACUCAAAGAGUUUGAGAAAAGGGAAAAUACACUGCAGGAGAGGCUGAACACCCGCGUGCAGGAAGAGAGAGAGCUCAGGUCAAAGCUGGAAGAGUGUAAGCAGCAGUUGGACCUGAAGAAGAGAGAAGUUGCCAAGUUGCAGGAGAAAGAGAAAAGUCUAACCGCCGCAUUCCUUUCCUCACUGGGGGAAAACAACAAAUUUACAGACUUCCUCACCAAAGUCUUCAAGAAGAAGAUCAAACGAGUGAAGAAGAAGGAGAAGGCUGGCAAUGCAGAGGAAGAGGAGGACAGUGAUGAAGACUCUGAUGAAGGGUCGGAUUGGGGUGAAGAUGAGGAAGAUGAAGGGUCUGAGGAUGGUGCUGGUGCAUUAGAUGACAGUGUGUGCCCUCCAAACUGUGAUCCAGAGUUGUUUAAGAAGACAUUGCACUUGCGUGAGCAACGUCUGGACAAUGAGGAGUUGCUGCUGGAGGAGAAGAAGACCACAGACAGCUUGAAGAAAGAAUAUGACUCACUCGUCAAGAAAGAGAAGGUUGUGCAGAGCAGUCUGAAAGCAGCAGAGGGCGAACUAGAGCUCUUUAACAGAGAGAAGCAUCAGAAACUGAGUGAGCUGGUUGUGGUUGUCCCACUUAUAUUACACCAGAUUGAGUACCUGAUUAACAGCGAAGUGCCUUCCAAGAUGGGCUCGGCUUUGGUUAUGAAGGCGGAGGCUGUGGAGCGUCUGCAGGAGCGCAUUAAUGAACUGCAGCAGGAGAACCAGAUGAGAGAACUCUCUAUACACAGUCGCCAGCAGUACACCCAACUCAGCCACGAGCUCACCAGCAUGAAGACCAAAAUACGAGAGUUGAAGGCACACUGUGAGAAGCUAAUGAUGAUGAAGUUCGGUAAACUGGUGGAUCUGGAAGCUCUGCAGACACUAUCUGGUAACAGUACAUUGGAAGAGAUGCGGCAAGAGAGCAGAGUGAGAGAAGCAGAAUAUUUAAAGGAGCUCAAACUCUGGCAGGACAAAGUUUCUGAAGCCAGACAGGCAUUGACUGUAGAUACCAAGCAGCACACUGAGCGCAUGCUCACACUCAACAGCUUACUGACCCAGCAGAAACUACUGGAGGACAAACUGAACAUCAGACAGAAGAACAUGGGUACCCAGUUCCAGGGUCAGUCUCAGGCUAAGGAGGAGGAAUAUCGAAGGCUGCAGACGCUGAUCCAGAGUCAGAAAGAUGAGAUCAUGUCUCUAAGGCAGGAGAUCAGUGUUCUGUCCCGUAAAGGUGGCCACAUUCUCCCCCCAUCCCAGCCUAGCCUUCCCCCCAUACCCACCGUGCCCACAUACCCACACCCAUACACACAGCACACUCGCACAAGCUACAGCAUGGACUGGGGACAGUCCUCCACCAGCAGCCACGGGGUGGAGUAGACCACUGCGUUUCCUCAAACCUAUACACACACACACACACACACACACAUACACACACACAUACACAAGCUAAAUAUUUGAUCAACUUUGUAAUUUGUGCAAUUAUACAAACCCACUGUCCAAUUACAUACACCCACACCUAAGACAAUUAUAUAAGCAUCCCUACACCCUCAGCUGACAACUGAGCUCAAAAAUAAACUGCUUCUGAUUUUGGUUUGGAAAUCCCUGCUGUGUGUUCAUACUGAUGAUAUUAAAACACAGUCAUUCCUUCA